CGAGGUACGAAUGCGAUAUUAUCUCUCUCACGAACAGCAUCUAACGAUCUGUCUAUCCUAAACGUAUCCCGCUCACACGUACCCUCACCGAAUCAUCUUUACCUUGAUCGGCCUCUACCAGCAAGCAUUCGUCCACUGGAAAGAUCCUUGGCGCCAUCCUCGGCAUCCUCAUCCUCCUCAUACUCGUCCUAGGUCUCCUCUUCUAUCGCCGCCGCCGCCAGCGCGCCCGCGAGAAGAGACUGCGCACCUUCCUUGCCGCGCGGUACCCAAUCAGCUCCUUCUCUCCCUCGCCCGUCCCUGCCACUGCCCCUGCAGAGCCCACGCCUCGCUCCCCGCCGCCCUACCGCUCUCCAUCGAUCAGGACCAGCGGCAGCAGCGCCUUUCUUACCGCUGAGAGCCACGUGGAAUCGCCCACCGAUACGGACGGCGAAGUCGGGCACGUCAUCAGCAUGUACCGUUCCAGCUCGGCGACGCUCUCGCGUCUCUUAAUGGUCUCCCCGCGGCUGGUCGUUGUCCCUCCGGCCAGCGCGGUAGAUCAGGAGACGCGCGAGGCGGACCUGGCGACUCGUCCUACGCCUCAAUCGGUAGAUGGUUCGCUGCCGAAUCCGUUUGAGAAUCCUCCGGAGAUGCUACCGUGGCAGACCAGCAUGGGAGAAGUGGGGAAUACGAGGAAGCACAGCAUCAGUUAUGCGUUUGAUUUCAAAGACUGGGUACGCUGUCUAGGCAGCUCGCCGUGGCAGGCAAAGCCCGGACUUGUGAACUUCGCCCCAUAUCGUUUCCAUUGGGAGAGCAUUGCCUUCUGCUCCUUGAUACCCCUACCUCUCAACGGUCUGUCAAUACCGUUGACUGACAUGAUCAUCGCAGCCAAAUUCCGUGUAAUCAUUCAUCAUACUAUUCAUUCCAAGCUACAUAUGGAGGAAUCCCCCAUUCGCGAUCUACCUAACCUUUCGUGUAUCUAGACUUCAGACCUC